CCCCCCCCCCCCCCCCCUCUCUCGCUAUUAUUCCCCUCUUAGCUGCGCCCUGGAUCUUGUGCUGCAAUUUCUCCUAACCAAAGAAUAAAACCCCUCGUCGCAUCAUUGUCUCCGCCGUCGCGCGAAGAUACAGUCGCAGCGAUGGACGGCAGCAAACCAAGCUCUCCCACCUCCGUCUUCUCCUUCCAUCGCAAACCCCGCUCGCCGGAAACGACAACGACGACAGCGACGGUGCCCACGCAACAAGAACGCGAAGCUAUCAUACUCGAAGCAAAGAGACAUAUCCGAGAUGUCGUUCGGAAUGAUUGGGAUUAUGAAACGUCCUUGACGAAUAGUCCGCCAUCGGCUGGUUCUAACGCCAGUUCUAUGACUGCCACCACGCCGUCAUCAUCAGCUCCUACUACUACUAAUAGUACUACUACCACCGCUACGGGUACCACGUCCAGCUCGACGGCAGGGACGGAAUCCCUUUCUGAUGUUGUGGGAUGGCGACUACGCGAAUAUGAUAGUUCAGGCUCGGAAUUCGACCCGGAGCAGGCUGGUCCUGCUCAAGCUGGGAAGCAGCAUCGCCGUCCCGAGCAGGGUAAAGAUUCGGACGCAGCAGUCCGGGCUAAUGUCGUCGAGCGCAGACGGAGACGAAGACGCCAGCUCGAGGAAGAGAUGCGGUGGAAUAUCGGGCUGAGGAUCUGGGUUGAGAGGAGAAAUGCAUGGUCCGGUGCUCGCACGAGAGCAGAUGUCAAACGCACAUCCGGGGCGCAGGCUGCUCCCUCAGCGGCGCAGGAGGUGGAUCAGAAAAUCGCGGAGAAGGCACCACUUGUGCGUCCUCUCAGCUCAGAGAGUGCGGGGAGUCGCAGCACGGUGCCUGCGGAGGGAGAGGAGCGAGGCGAUCAAGCGUCGCAGCCUUCGUCUGAUGGUUCUUCCCUGGUACCGGAGACAGAGGCCCUGUCCGUGAGUGAGAACCAUGAUGCGGCAUCUAAGGAAGGGGAGACGUCUGUUCCGGCAACAACGAAAGAAGAACGAUCAACGGGAGAGGAGAAAGAAGACGACGAGGAUCCUAACGAGCCUCUCGUCCCUCUAGUACGCCCUCUUCUCCCCGAAAGCAAUCCCAUUCGCUCCUCUAUCAAGCCCUCGCUAUAUCCGUCUAUCUACAGCAAGAUCGUGGUACAAGGCCUGACGCCCACUGUGCCCAUCAACCUGGCGGACGUAACGCGCGCCAUGGUCGAGGGCUGGAAAGCAGAUGGGCAAUGGCCUCCAAAGCCAACCCCACAAGCACCAGGGGACAACAUCGUCGCCCGCCGCAGAGUCAAUGCCUCCAAUCAUACCAACCAUAAUCAUGACGAGAAAAGGAAGAGCCAUGGUGUCGCUGGCGCAAUGAAGAAAGUCCUCGGCUUCUCAGGUAUCCAUCAUUAUCCUUUCCAUCGACGAGGCUCCAGCCAAGGCACAGGCGGCGAUGGCGCCAACGAUGUUCCCCUUGUGGAAGAGAACCCUGAAACGCAAAAAACAUAAUCAGAAGGUCUCCGAGGGAAAAAAAAAAUUCAAGAUCAAGAUGAAGAUCAAGAAGACUGACUGAUAUUGUACUGUUUCUUUUUCUUUUAUCCUGAGGGGCUGGAGUACGAGUAAUGUCAAAUUAUUAUUCAUUAUUAUCUCAUCACCGACAUGCGGUCUACUCAUUAACUCAAGGCGUGCUUUAUGAAACGACCGUGAUCUGAAUAAUCAAUAUCAAUGCUGUUAUUGCAAACUUCCAACGGAAACUGGACGUUGGAAAUUGGAGAGCUUGGAGCAAUAUAACCAUGGACUUGGGAAAUUCUCGUUAUGUCAUCACUUAACUCUGAUUUUGAGCUCUAGUUUUUCUUUUCUGGGAUACGAUAAAUUCUUCUUCAUCUUCACGCAAAGCGCCAUGAUACGCAUCAUAUUGUACUGAGGAAACAUGAGCAUCAAAUACGGAUUCUUUUUUCGAAUCGAUAUUUAGUUUCAUUUUUUCUGUCUCUAUACGAUAAUAUA